UAUUUAUACACACACACAUAAUGCUGCUCCCACCUCUUGGUAUAAAAUCUAUCCGUCUUGUCCACUGGAUGCACUCUGUGUGUCCCUGUCCAUCUGUGUGUCUCCUGCGUGUGUUUUCAGCACCCUUCUAAACAGCCAUGUCUGACGUUGAAGAGGAAUAUGAGGAGCAGACUGAAGAAGUUGAGGAGGAGCAGGAGGAGGAGGAGGAAGACGAGACUGAGCAGGGCGAGGAAGAUGGAGGAGAACAACAAGAAUACCAAGAAGAAGAGCGCCCCAAGCCUAAGCCGCUUGUGCCCCAACUUGCUCCUCCAAAGAUUCCUGAGGGUGAAAGAGUUGAUUUUGACGACAUCCACAGGAAGCGUAUGGAAAAGGACUUAUUGGAGCUGCACACCCUGAUUGAUGCUCACUUUGAGCAAAGGAAGAAGGAUGAGGAGGAACUAAUUGGUUUGAAGGAUCGCAUUGAACGCCGUCGAGCUGAUAGGGCUGAGAUCCAGAGGGUUAGAGCAGAGAAGGAGAAAGACCGGCAGAUCCGGAUCGCGGAGGAGCGUCACAGAAAAGAGGAAGAGGAGGCCAAAAAGAAGGCAGAUGAUGAUGCCAAGAAGAAGAAAGUGCUAACUGGCAUGGGAGCCAACUUUGGAGGAUUCCUGACCAAGGCUGAGUCGAGGAAGAGCAAACGGCUGACAGGCAGGGAGAUCAAAAGGAAGACACUGGCUGAUAGACGGCAGCCUUUAGGCAUCGAUAAUAUGAGAGAGGAUGGUUUAAGGAACCGGGCGCAGGAGAUGUGGAACUGGAUCUACCAGCUGGAAUCUGAGAAAUUUUAUUACAUGGAGCAAAUGAAGCACCAAAAAUAUGAGAUUACUGUGUUACUGAACAGAAUUCAACAUGCUCAGAAAUUUAAAAAAGGUCAUGGUAAAGGAAAGGUGGGUGGUCGCUGGAAGUAAGGCCUGAAAAACAAAAACAAAUAUAUAAAGGAGACCACAGGAUAAUGAAAGAAAAAAAAAACGUCUUUCCAUCGGAGUCUUCCUUUGUCCCAUUGGUUUCUGUGGAUAGGAUAUUGUAUCUGGAUGUUGACUUUCUGAAAUAAAGAAAAUAAACUACA